AUGACUGCGGGAGAGAUAAAUAGAUUAAACAAACUAGAAAGGAGAAAAUAUUCAACAACUCGUUUUAAGAAACACAGUGGCAAAAGAAAUACAACUCAAAAUCAAUGUAAUACAAAUAAGGUUUUGAAUAAAACAAUUCGACAACAGAAGGAUGUUCUGAUAGAUCGACCAGUUGAAACAAAGACGUGUAAUAAACAGAACUUGGGGAAACCUAUUAAAGGUUCUUCAAUGUUUAAUAAUUCUUGUCAUGUGAACCACUACAGGCAUGUUCAUUGUUUCAAUUCACCGUUUGAAACACUUGAGAAGAACAAACAUGUGACAAAUAUUGAUCAUGCAAAUCGAUCUUGUUUUUCAAAACGUUAUGAAAUGCGAAAAAUGAGUAAGCAACAAAAUGAUAAAUUAUGUUCAUUUGAAAAACUGAAAAAUCUAUGGAAACAACAAUUUGAUCAAUUCAUUCUGCCUGUUCCAACAAGAUGUAAUACUGGUACAAAUAGAACUACAUAUACAGAGAAAUCUACUAUCACCAGUCAGAAAAAUGAAACCCUUGAAAUGUCUCCUCAAGUAAAGAACCCUUCAAACAAUCAAUCCGAAGAGAUCAGUCAACACUUAAGCCUAUCCAAAUCAUUUAGCUCCUUAUGCUCUUCGAAAUAUGAAGUUAGAAGCUAUCAAGAUUAUGGUGAAAACUUCCUGAAAAACUUUGAAGAUAAGUAUACAUUUAGUGAUUCAUCAAAUUUAACUGGAUCAACGAUUUACCUAUAUUGUUCAACAUGUAGUCAGAUUUUCUCAUGCAGAAACAUUGAUGAAUUAAAACAACUGAAUUUACUUGAAUCUAGCUCAUCUUUAUCUGCUUACAACUUGACCUCUGAGGACGAAGAUAUCGAAAGUGAGUUUGUUCUCGACGAAUCAUUUCCAUCAUACUGGGAAUAUAUGAAUCCAUCAUAUGAAUGGAUCAAAUCUUCACGUCCUGUUUCUGCACCACCAGUAUUGACUUGUUCAUCAAAGAAAUCGGCAUAA